AGAACAGAUUAGAAGAAACAGAAAGUGAAGUAAUAAAGACAACUCAACCUUAUUGAUUUAACAACAAAUUGAACGUUCAUACAUUAAUUAUUUGUGCCUACAUUACCGGUUGGUUUUAGCUAGACACACAGACCGGUACCAAUUUCAGUCAGCUCAGCAGUACCUUCUUAAAUAUGGCAACAUCAUUGCGAAAACCCACAGCAACCGGAGCAAGAAAGAAGUCUUCAGGGCCAAAAUACGAGUUAUCAGAGGAACAGAAGGCAGAUAUCAAGGAAGCGUUUGAUCUUUUUGAUAAAGAAGGAAACGGAAAAAUUGAAACCAAAGAGCUUAAGAUUGCGAUACGUGCCCUUGGAUUUGAACCCAAGAAGGAAGAAAUUAAGAAAAUGCUCAGUGAAAUAGACAAAGAAGAAUCAGGUAUGAUAUCUUACGAGGAGUUUCUAUAUUUGAUGACACAAAAAAUGACCGAAAAGGAUUCCAAAGAAGAAAUUAUGAAAGCAUUUAGACUGUUUGAUGAUGAUGAGACUGGGAAGAUUUCAUUUAAAAAUCUGAAACGAGUGGCAAAAGAACUGGGUGAAAACCUAACUGAUGAAGAAUUGAGAGAAAUGAUCGAAGAGGCAGACCGAGACGGUGACGGAGAAAUCAGCCAAGAUGAAUUCCUCAGGAUCAUGAAGAAAACCAGUCUUUAUUAAUCUAAGAGAACCAUUUAACUACGGAUUUGUUUAGCACCCUCUGAGUGAUUUGUACGCACUUGUGUUCAUUAAGUUUUAUUUAUUUGUAUUUAUUGUUAUACAUAAGCUAAUUUAUUCUUUUGUUUAAUGAUAUGUAUAUAUUGUGUUCAGUCCUGUAAAUUUUAUGGAAUGUUAA